ACCCGAACCGUCGCUGCCUGUGACUAGUACCUAACCAUGGGCAAACAGUCUUUGACGAAGGAAACAUCGAGCUCUGAUAGUAUACCUGUUCCUGUCGUAACACAACGUCCUUCAAGUUCAUCCCUGAGGGUCCAACCCUGGAUUCGCUGGCUUCUUCUUAUCUCUAUAGGUUCUCGCAUUCUUUGGGAUAUAUCUAAACCUCGCGUAUGGCACACGGGAGGUGAUAAUGGCGAUCAAUGGGUUGAUGCAUUGACUAGCCACCAUAGUCAAGGCAAAAAACAAGCGUUGUUUGGCAAGAGGGCAGAGAAAUUGUUCUUAUCGAUUCCUAACGAGUCCAGUGCACUAGCAGCCUCUCGUAAAUAUGCAAGCAAGCCCCACAUGGCGGGAACUGCAGGAGAUUUAGAUACCGCCAAAUAUUUCUUGUCUCUGCUUGAAAAUGAACUUGGCAUUGAUUCGUCACAUGCCGAUGUACCCAUAUUUCCUGCUGGAUCUGAGGAGUCACGAAACUCGACGCUUUCAAUCCCAUAUCUUGAGGAACCUAAGGCUUGGAUUGACGUGUACUAUCCUGCACUCAACUCUCCUCUUGAGCACAGCCUCGAAAUUUUAGGAGAAGAUGGAAGUCCUGUCUGGUCGGCCCAAUUGGAAGAAGUGUCUGAUGAAACCGACCCGGAUGCUCAUAAACACGCCCAGACGAUUCCAACAUGGCAUGGAAUAAGCCGUGGUGGAGAGGCUCAAGGGAAGCUAAUAUAUGCGCACUUCGGGAGAAAGCAAGAUUAUGACGCCCUCGUUGAAGCUGGCGUUGAUUUCAAUGGUUCUAUUGUCCUAGUACGAUAUGGAGGAAAUUUCCGUGGCUUGAAGGUCAAAGCUGCUCAGGAACUUGGAGCUGCUGCUGUUCUCAUAUAUUCUGACCUUCGAGAUGAUGGCACGGUUACCGUCGAGAAUGGUUACGUCCCAUACCCUCAUGGCCCCGCUCGAAAUCCUACUUCUGUUCAGCGUGGUUCAGUUCAAUUUUUGUCAAUCUAUGCUGGAGAUCCCACAACUCCAGGUUACCCAUCUUAUGAAAAUAGUACUCGAACUGAAGGCUGGAGCAAGCCGACUAUACCAAGUUUGCCUAUCUCUUGGGAGAACGCAAAAGUGCUCCUAGAAGAAAUAGAAAAAGGCGAUGAGGCUCGGGCCGUCCGAGUCGUUAAUCAUGUCGAUGAGAAGAUCACCCCCAUCUGGAACACUAUGGGUGUCAUUCCUGGCCAUAUCAAAGAUGAAGUGGUAAUACUUGGCAAUCAUCGGGAUGGUAGGGUCCUCGGGGCAACCGAUCCUACCUCUGGUACUGUUUCUGUUCAUGAAACCAUCCGUGGAUUUGGCGCUCUCUUGCGAAAGGGCUGGAAGCCGCUCAGGACUAUCGUCUUUGCUAGCUGGGAUGGAGAAGAGUACGGCCUUAUUGGCAGUACAGAAUGGGGAGAAGAUUUUGCAGACUGGAUCAACAAGCACGUAGUUGCUUAUGUCAACAUUGACUCCUCUACAUCUGGAUCUCAUCUUGGUGCAUCUGCCUCCCCUUUGCUUGCUCACUUGCUCCGUCAAACUGCCGAAGAAAUCCCCCACCCCACCUCAGAAGGUCGCACCCUCUGGGAUGCUCGCCAUGAUACUGGAACUUUGUUUGGCGAGAACUUGGAUCCUGAAGUUGCCUCCAUGCACCAAGAAGAGCUACUAGCUAUCGAUAGCAUCGGUGUCAAUGCGCUUGGUUCAGGCAGUGACUACACAGUUUUCCUGCAGUACAUUGGGGUACCAAGCACCAACGGAGGGUUUUCAUCGACGCUGCAUGACCCUGUGUAUCACUAUCAUUCAGUCUUCGACUCUCAGAGAUGGCAAGAAAUGUACGGAGACCCUGGCUUUUACCGCCACGUUGCCAUUGCAAAGCACAUCGGGCUACAAGUUUUGCGACUUUCAGGUUCCAUCGUAUUACCUUUCAAUACAACGCAUUAUUCCUAUGAGCUGGAGUCAUAUCUCGACAGCGUUGAGGCAAUAGCUUCAGAUGCUUCCUUCGAUGUAGAUCUUUCCCCUCUUCGUAACUCCAUUCACCACCUGCAGAGUGUCAGCUUUAAGUUGGACACGGAGAAAGAGGGGGCAGAACGCAACUUGAAGAAGGUGCUCAAGAAACUCAAGAAACAAUACGCCAGACAUCGUCGCUUCAGGCGCAAAUUACAUGAAAUCAUCUGCAAAGUCAAAACGAUAUUCCACAAGGGCGAGCAAUGUGAUUCUGAUGGCUUUCACCAACGUGAAGAACAUGAGGAUUCGCGGGGGGAAGAGGUAGUCAAUAAUCGCCAUCAUCAUCUUGGACAUCGUCCACCUCGGGCACUCGUCAAGGCUAUUAAACGAGUACAAGCCGUGAACAAGAAGCUCAUUACAUUUGAGCGUGGAUUCAUAUCAAAGGAAGGCAUUAAAGAUCGCGAAUGGUACAAACAUCUUGCUGUAGCUCCUGGAAAGUGGCUAGGCUAUGGUGCAACCACAUUUCCCGGACUGACGGAAGCACUCACAUUCGACAGGAACACAACCACAGCUGUACAUGAGGCAAACAGGCUGAAAGUUGUGAUCGAUAACAUUGCGGAGACAAUCCGUGCUUAAGUAUACUGAUUCAUCAAACCUCAUGUAAUAUAUAACUACUUUGUCCAAGUCGUAUCGAACACGGCCUCUCUUUCGCAACAAGUGAAAGAAGAUGUGACACUAUGCAUUCACGAG